AUAGGCCAAACAGUUGAUAUCGGAACUUGCUGGCAUUUGGUUGUGGAGUGCGCGUUGGUACAACUACUCAACGUUUUUUCGUACGUACGCCACCACGAAACGAGUACGAGUGUUUUACAUGUGCACCAGUGAAGCAAACUCUCGAAACGACGAAGGCGAAUUAUAUACAAGUGGAUGCGCGCGCGAUUUCUCUCUCUGAAUUUUCAGUGAGUGCGUAAAUAUUUGCUUGAGCAUUUUUUAACGUGCAGCAAAUUGAAGAAAAUAUUCGCAAUGAGAAGAAUACAUAAGUAAAUGCUAGGAAUUAACAAGUGUAAUAUUUUUAGCGAUAAGCAGUGUGUAUGUAAACACCGUCGCACGCACACCCUCACACACACGGACAGUGCAGUUAAGCGCGUGUGAGUACUUGAUACGGCAGCGCUAUUUGCGAUUUUAAUUCACAUACAGCAGCCGCAAUUAAAUUAGCAGCGGCUAUAAAGUGUGCGAGUGCCCCUGAAAGUGUACGAAUUGAUUGCGCGAAAAUUGAGAAUAAUAAUAAGCAAUAACAAGUAAUAAUAACAAAAAGUGCAGAGUACUUGUCUGUAUGUAUUGGCUGGACUCGGCAUUAUCAGUGUUUCGCAAAAGUUGAAGUGUCGUUGUGUGUGCGAGCAAAUCUGUGGAAAUUGCAAUUAUUCAGCAAGUGCUAAUUAAAUUAGUUGCAACCAGAAGUUCAGCGGAAUUUGCUGUGGGAGCUGUUAGCGCUGGAAUACAACCGAAAAUACACAACUGAAGAUUUCAUACACAAGAUACAAACAUAUUUGGCGCUAGAUUCUGCACCGUAAUUGCUCGAGCUUCGCAUAAAUCUCCUCCCAAAAAGAAAAGCAUAAGAAUAAUCGAAAGUAAGGAAAGCAAAAAAUGCGACCAAAAGCAACUAAACAUUAAACGCAAGCGAAAGCGAAAGAGAGCACAUAUAAUUGUAAUAAAAAUAAGCGCGCGUACUAAGUCUCUCCGCGUUCCAGCAACUAGCAAUUUCCGCUUUAUGUGUAUCCAGUUUGCUUUGUGCUUUUUUAUCGCACAGAAGUAAUCUGCGCUCUCCAUCUUUGUUUCUCCAGCACACACACUCACUCUCUAAACGUCUAUUGCACCGACCGAUCGCCCGCACCGCCUCAAGCCGCCGCGUCCCAUACUCACAAAUUCGUUUCCAUUUCGACUAGUUGUUGCUGUGCCGCCACACCCUCACCCCACGCUGGGAUGGCCGCACAGCGCCCCCAUGUUAACCAAAAUGGCGGAAAUAGUUUGGACGAUGUCAGAGCAAAGCGGAACGAAAAUUUACGAAAACUUUUUCAAACGAGCAAAAAAGCAACGAACACGGCAAAGCUGCAACGUGGCCAGAGCGAAGAUGGAGCUGGGCAAUUCUACUACAACAACAACAAGACAGUGUCUAAAACAAACGGCAAUGCGAAUACAGUUAACUUCCCGUAUGAUGAUGGCGACGCUGUGCGCUUACAAAGAAAUGAAGUUGCUGACAGCGGCGCGACGGGGUCAGGUUUCGGCCAGGCCACGGGCAGGUGGAUUCAAGGAAGUGGACAAAUUACCGAUGGCACUGUUGCUGCCAACACUGAUUACAACAACGCCAAUGCGACGGUGAGACGUAGUAAGAGUCGCUUACGACGGUGGAGUGUGAGGAGCAGCAGCGUGUCGGGGGAAUGGCGCCUGGAGGGAAAUCCCUCAAUGGCCAAGCGACAAUUGAGUAAAAGUGUUGUGGACACAAAUCAAUUGGCAGUCUCAAGCAAUCAAUCGCCAUUGAAACAAAGCGUGCAAGACAUGAACAGCCAUUACAACAAAAACUACAGCUAUUAUUACAACAACGACGAUGUUGUGGCAAUGGAAAGCAAGGAAAGUCAAAAAAGCAGCGACUACAAUGCGCACUACGAGCUCGGCAGCAACGAUGCCACUGGGGAUUGUCUUGGUCGCGACAAUGCUGACAUUGAAAGGGACGAAGCGAACGCGGUGGGAACUGGCACAAAGGCAAAAACAGUCUUUGACCAGACCGUUGAUGACGAUGUAACAGCAGAUGUUGCUGCACAAGAGGACGAGCAGUGGAGCAGUGCUUACUUGUAUGAUACAGGAAAUCAAGUCACUGGCCGACAACACACGCCAUCACCGGACCCCUGGUCAGCAGCUCCUUUGAGUGCGCAUAAAAAUCGACAACAACGACAAAAACAACAACAAGUGCAAUUACACACAUCUGAGUUGACUGAAACGAAGCGAGUGAAUUUAGUCACAAUGACUGGGAGUCGAGCGCCCAGCUCUACCAACCGCAAUAGUACGGCAUUCGCUCCACAUGUCAGCGCGACAGCAAGCGAGCUGGAAAGCUGCGCCACACAGCAUACAACCCUAAAUUGCAUUGCAGUGGCGGGUGGCAGCUACGCACGCAACAAUAAGAGUCCCUGCACUCCACGUGUGGGUGGCUUCGACGAGCAUUUUGAGACCGCUUCUAUGUGUGCCACACUGCAGUCCAGACAAGAGUUGCCGCAAAGCACCAAUGAGAGGACGUCAACAACAGCUGCACCGCAAAGCUCACCACAAUUGCAACUGCAGUCGAGGCGAGCGGAAGCGGCAAGUCGUACGAAUAAUUCCAGCCAAGUUUCGGCGCUCUUCAAAACGCCGCUUGUGAAGCGUGCACGUGGACGCAGCGUAGACCGCUACGGUACGGGCGCCGCAUACACCGCAAAUGCCCAGUGGAUGUCUGAACGGGACAUCAGCAGGAAAAUUACUACCGAAUUUGGAAAAGUUAUGACAGCGCCAGCCACGUCUGCUAAACCACAAGCGACGGUGUCAAUGGCAGGCGAAAUGAUACAAGGCAACAACAGCAGUGCUGCGCCUGACGAAUUGCGGUGGCAGCGGCCAGGACAAAAAGAAAUUACGGGCAUUACUACGCCACGGCAGCAGUGGCUCCGCGACGGCUGCCGUAAUUACGGCGUCGCUGCUGAGGCUGCUGAGCUGGCACAUCAAAGCACUGCAACUGCAGCCUUGCCAAGCUCAAACUUAAGAGCCUACAACAGCAACAACAAUCUCACGAAAUACGGUUUCACAUCAACGCUAGGCAGCGCAGACUGGUCAACCACACAGGCAUCGCUAGCGGAGCGUUUAAACAGAUUUCGACACAAACAACAACAACAGCAACAAGUGGGCGCUUGGUCGAUCGAAGGCGAAUUAUCAACGCCAGAAGACUAUUACAAGCCUUACAGUGGCGCAAGUGAUUCCAAUAGGCACAACAACAAUCAGCAUUACAACAACAACGUUGCCAGUAGUGCCAAUAAACCAACGGUAGUCGAGCGCAGUGAAUUAAUACCCACUGCGGACACAUACACUUCAGCCACAGAACAACAGUGUCCAUCAUUGCUCCAAGCGAGAUUCGUUAAUAGCAAGAGCAACAACAAUAACGUUGGACAACAUCAUUAUAAGCUAAGUCAACAAAGUGCGGAUGUUGCAACAUUUGAUGCAACUGAGUCAUCUUCCACUCCACUAGCUUGUUACACUAAACCGGGCAAACGGAGGCGUGUAUUAGUGCGCAGGCGCAACAACACCGACGAACAAGCAAAUUCUACAACAACUACCUCAAUCAAGUCGCCCAGAGUAACAACAGCUGGCCGUGUAACGGCUGAAAGACAACAACGGACAGCAGCGGCAACAACACAAAUUUGGUUUCUUUCAUUUUUCCACAGCAUUGGCCUAGGCAGCUUUGCCGAGCAUGUUGCCGUGCAGUUAGGCGUAUGCCGCAGCAACAGUAGCAGCUUCAGCAACGAAACGUUGCAUACAAGUAGGCGUUCAACGGCGACGCCUCACACAAUUCCCGUCGAGAACAUUCCAAAGCGACGCUCAUUCGACGUAAUGGGUUUGCUGCGCAGCAUGAAGCUUAAAGACCGCCUCGCCAUUAGUCUGGGUGCGACCCUGAUACUGCUGACGCUGUUGUUGGUGGUCGAUGUGCAGAUGGAUUUCGGUGUUACGAAUCGGCAUUUAUUACAGCAGCAGUCACGUGUGCGUUAUGUAAAUGAAAAUGAUGGCGGUGACACUGGUGGCACUGGUGCCUUCAGAGACUUCAAACGAAAAUUCCUGCAAAAGAGCAAUUCAUCCGGUUCAAAGGAGACAGCCACGCCGACAACCACACAAGCGCGCCCUGCAGGCACUGCGGCAGGUGGCAGUUCGGCAGAUGUGGCGGCGGCGGCGGGUGCCGGUACGGGCGGUGUACAGCAGGAUGCAGCAGCUAGAGAAGAUAUGUUGGCGAUCCAGAAAUUGGAGCGUGAACCACAUGAUCCCUUUGACGAUUUGUUCCGACUGCUGAUGGGCCUGGACAAGACCGACUAUUCGCACGUGCUGAUCGAUGAUGAUGGCUCCGUGAUAACGGAAAACCCAACUAUCGCUGAAAUGACGGGCCUGAAACCAAGCAAAAACGCAACAAAUUUGGAACGUUUCCAGUGGCACAUAUCUAAGCGCGAGCUCUACAAGGAGAACGACACGAUUGUGGACAAAGUGAUACAUGAUAUGAUCAAGCUGCCGGUACAACAUGUCGUGCAAAAGGAGGGCGGCACGCAGUUGAAAUUGAUUAUAGAAUUUCCCAGCGACAUCAAAGCGCUGAUGAAGCCAAUGAGAUUUCCCCGUGAACAGCAGACUCUGCCGAACCACUUCUAUUUUACGGACUACGAGCGCCACAAUGCGGAAAUAGCUGCUUUCCAUUUGGAUCGAAUUUUGGGUUUUCGUCGCGCCAUGCCCGUCACCGGUCGCCUGCUGAACAUUACAACGGAAAUUUAUCAAGUCGCCGACGACAAUCUAUUACGGACCUUCUUCGUCUCACCCUCGUCGAACUUGUGCUUCCACGGCAAGUGUUCCUACUACUGUGACACCGGGCAUGCCGUUUGCGGUAACCCGGACAUGUUGGAGGGUUCAUUCGCCGCCUUCCUGCCCAGUUUCGAGCAGACAGGACGAAAGGUUUGGCGGCAUCCUUGGCGCCGCUCGUACCAUAAGCGCAGGAAGGCUCAGUGGGAGACAGAUUCCAAUUACUGCUCCAUUGUUCGCGAAAUUCCUCCAUAUGACGAAGGCCGACGCUUACUGGAUCUAAUGGAUAUGGCUAUAUUUGACUUCCUAACUGGAAAUAUGGACAGACAUCAUUAUGAAACAUUUAAAAUAUUUGGCAAUGACACAUUCACAUUGCAUUUGGAUCAUGGACGUGGUUUUGGUAAACCCUUUCACGAUGAAUUAACAAUUUUGGCGCCAUUGCUGCAGUGCUGCAUGAUACGGACGACGACGUUGAAACGAAUAUUGGACUUCCAUAAUGGACCCAAACCACUGUCGGAGCUGAUGCGCGAGUCCAUGUCCGUCGAUCCGAUUCGACCGAUACUGUGGGAGCCGCACCUGAAGGCGCUCGACCGGCGUGUCACCAUCAUACUGAGCGGCAUACGCGACUGCGUAAAGAAGAAUCCACCAGAGGAGGCGCUCGAAUCCGAGGAUCUGCUGUCAUAGCAAUUACAGCAACAGGGGCGAAUAAAGAUACAGGAGGGCAAGUUUAAGUUCCUGAUUCGCCCCAAAGUGCGCCAUACGAAGAUGACAGUUUAGCAUUAGAACCUAGGCUACUUAAUGUUGUAGUAAAGUAAGAGCAAAGUCGAAUUGUGCAACAAUGUGCGGCGAGCCGGCAUUUGUCUGCUGGACGUGUGUGGCUAUACGACUUUUUUGUUAGUGGUUGACUAGUUGAAUUUACAUAUACUUGUAUAACAAAGCAUUAUAACUAAAGAAAACUCCGCGGCACAGCGCUAUAAAAUAUAAUAAAAUAAAUGGCGCUGUGUGGCGAGUUCAAGGCUGGGCGGGAGUGCGUUGAGGCGGCGAAGCCUUUGAAAAAGGCACCACGCGCCCAACAAUCAGCCUUUGCCAAACACGAAUUAAUUGAAGACAAAUAAUUUGUAGGCUUAAAGUGAUAACAAACAUAAUUUAAAAGCAUAAAACUAUAAACGUUAUUAACAAAUUCAAAAUGUAUAAACUAGGUAAAUAAGUUCGUAGCUAAAGCAUAAUUAUAGGCGGGAGAUUCGCAGUCGGCACCACGGAAAUUUGUGCUGGUUAAAUUUUUGUGAGCAUCUUAGCGCAAAUUGAAUAUGUACCUUUCAUAACUAACUAAAUAUGAAUAUUAUUUAAUAAACAAAAGAAGCGUUGAUCUGAGCAAGAGUACCAAUUGGCAGCUGAAAGUUCGUUUGUAGGCGAGCGCAAAGAAUAGUUAGGAAAACACGUAAAGAAAAAGUUAUAAAAAUUAUUUAAAAAAUGUUUAAAAAAAAUUAAAAAAACGAAAAACAACUAACACUUUGAAGUACAGUUGGUGCCAAAGUGCGUGGUUCUGUGCAAUUCAGCUGAAGGCAGUAGGAUUUAGAGGUGUUCGCGUUGCGUUGCUGACUACUUCGCGGAAACUAAAUGAAAAGACUAAAUAACUAACACUUUAUUACACUUUACUUCAAACUUGCGCUUUUAUUUAUUAAGCAUUGAGCAAAUUUAUGCUCUAAUUUAAUUUAUUAUUUUGUAAAACAAAAAUUGGCACUUCCAAAUUUUACUUAACUCUUAAUUUUCGUACUUUUAGCACGUGGUAUUUAAGUUUAGUUUAACCCCAACUGGAAGGUUAUACUUUUAUGAAAUUAAUUUAAAAUAUUUUCAUAAGGAAAAGUUCGGUGUCGACAUAUUUAAGCGUGUAGUUCUAAAUUAUUUGACUUAAGUGACGCUUCGGAAUUAAUUAAUUUACACUAAAUUCUAAAACGAUCUAAAAUUUAUGUCAUAUUUCCUGGUGCAGGAGUGUUUGCUAUGCUAUUUUCGAUAUCCAUAAUGCUUUCAUUAUCAAUUUUCAAGGCGACACUUUAAUUUUGCACUAUACAUAUCUCAUUAGCCGGUUAAGAGAAGUUGUGCGUUCAUGUACUUGAGUUGUUUAGUAAACACUUGCACACAUACAGCCAAGCGCAUAUGCAUGAGUGUAUGUAUGUACAUAGCGUAUGUGUGCAACUAGUUAAUAUAGGAGACACUAUAGUUAUAUAUAUGUAUGUAUGUAUAUAUAGCUGUUUGUUAAUUUAGUUGAUUUGCCUUUGCAAAGUUAUCUAAUCAAAGCAAAUAAUUAAAGUAAAAUUAUUUGUGCAGUUUGUAGUUAGUAAGUACUUAUGGAACAAAAAUAAGAGAAAAUACCAAAGAAUUGCGAAGAAAUUCUUAUGACAGUUUUUUUCCUCAACCGAACUUUUAUAUAAGCAUAUGUAUAUAUGUGUUGCAGAAAAAACAAAAUUUUGAGUUGUCUCGAUGUCUACGUUAAACCAUUAUUUCCUAGGACAAUAUUAGCUAAAUAAAGUUGUGACAGAUAACUAGUUAACUGUAUUUUUUAUUGUAAAAAUAUCAGUCAGAAAAUUUUUCAUUUUGGGAAUUUCUAUGAAAAGGCUUAUUUGUACAGUUACAGCUGUUCUGCUUGAACAAAAGUGAUUCUCGGCUUAAGUUAAUCGUUACUGGCAGUUGAAGAGAGGAAAUGGGUCAACACUGUCACACCAGUAUACCUGUUCGUCUUAAGUACUGUUUAUGCUAUAGUUUCCAUAUCUCUUUAGUUUUAAUUUUAUUUUACUUUUUGGCGUAUUCAAAAACUAUUGAAAGCUUUUAUCGACAUAUUUAUGUAAAGAUUGUGUGUAUUAUACAUAUAUUUAAUGUUAUUUAAUUGUAUUGAAAAUUAAACUAAAUUAGGUUAAUUAAGCGGGAAAAAUUCGCAGACAAACUGACGGAUGAUUUGUAAUAUGAAUAUAACUAAAGAAACUUGUGAAAUAUUUGAAUGAAUUUAAAUAAAGUACCAUAAGAUCAUAUAAUAUUA